AUGUAUGGUCUCUUGUUUCUACUGUUCCAGUCGGUAUGCCUUUCACUUGCAUCCCAGUUGGAAAAUCUGAAGAACAAGCAUGGAAUCGUGAAUAUAGGCACUCCUCGAUUGGACUUUCCUGGUGAGGCCCUGCAACUGUUUGGGGGUUUUAAUGCGCUAACCUUUCCCCAGUAUGAAGGUCAGGAGAAUUUUACUGGAACAAUUAACAACAAUACGGAUUCUCGAGGAAUUGUUUAUUAUUCAAAUGACACUUUUAUCAAGUUGAUCAACGGAUCGAGUGAUAGUUAUGUGGAGAAAAUUGUUCCCUUUGGAUCCGAGUCGUUCAUUUUAGGUGGAUCUGGCUCGCUGUUAGGCUAUGAGCUCGGUAGGCAACUAUUAUACAAUUUAUCAGACCUGUCUCUGCGACCUAUCUUCGAAAAUUCAUUAACGGAUGUCAGAGUUAUCCUUGAAGAUUAUCCUGUGGCGUAUUUUGGGGGCAAUUUCUCCUUCGACAACGGAUCGACAGUUGGACAUAGCGUCGCGACCUGGAAUAGUUCAAGCAAUACUACCUCGCUUCUUCCGUUUGGGGGCUUUGGCGAAGAAUCCAUCGUCAAUUCCAUUAUCAAAUUAGACUCUGAUAACAUUCUGUUUACGGGUGAAUUUUAUACACUAGAUGAUCAGACUCUGUUGAUCACCAAUGAAAAUACAUCCAAAACAAAUCAUAGCCAAUCCAUUGAAAUAAACGAGCUUCUACCUUUACGAGCAGCUACCUGGAACACUGAUUCAGAUAGCUCUUUCGAUUCAUCCGCUUUCAUUUGCCCCAACUCUCAGAAGGAAGCUUGGUCUGUACCGUCAACUUCUGGAUCACUAGAAGCCUCCUUGCCUUACGAAAGCUAUCCGAAAAAGGUGAGAAUUUAUAAUUCUCCUGAAGAGCACAAUGCAGUUUCCCUGUUCCGAAUUAUCACAAAACCAUCGAAUGGUAUCAUGAACCUAACUUAUGUUGAUCCUUUAUCGGGGGAGUUGCUUAACUGUGAUGCGUUUUGCCCUCUGAUGUUACAAGACUCACUUAAAGCCGCCGUUGCUAAUGGGAAUACGUCACAAGUGGUGAGACUUGAUAAUAAUCUCACAGAUAUUCAAUGGUCGUACGAUUAUCAGGAUUUCGCAUUUGUGAAUAAGAUUGCAGUGACUGACUUACAGUUCCUAGCAUUGAGUUCCUACGGGGAUGCAGUAGGUCUCUCUUCUUUCCAACUUUAUCAGGAUACGUUAACAACGUACGCGAACAACUCGCUUAACGAAGUCGGUUGCGAAUCGAAUGAUAUUGCGUCUACUUCUGCUCUAUCGGACAGCGAAUGGCAACAAGGUUUGUUCGGUCAGAGCUAUCUCGUGGCUGACUUCAGAACUGGACAAGAAACUCUACCCAAAGUUACGUUUUAUCCAGCCAUCAAUUAUGCUGGUCAAUACACAAUGAACCUGUACACACCAGGAUGCUCGUCUGAUCAGACUUGUACGUCUCGAUCCAUUGUAAAUGUAACCAUGUGGUCCGAAGUUGGUGGCUCAAUCCUGUCUUCCAUUCUGUUGCAUCAAAAUAAUGAAGCGAUGAAAUAUGACCAGGUAUAUUCAGGGCACCUCGAAACCGCUCCGGUGUUAACGCUGGAGUACUACUCUCCCAUUAGUCCAAACAAUCCUUCCAAUGUUGUUGUUGCCGAUCGCCUUGAGGUUAUCGUUGAAUCUGUCGAUAUCUUGAAAAACCAGACUGAUGAAACAAUUCCCUUGAAUGGCAUGUUCCAAUAUCAAUUAUCGAACUUCACUAAUAGUACUGAUAGCAAACCAUCAAUCGCAAACACCACGUUGAACUCUUAUACGGUUCAAAAUUUCCCAAAGAAUGCAUCGUUGUUCUCUUCUAUGUACAACAAUACGCUAUGGGUUGGUGGUAGCGUCUCGGGUGUUGCAGCAGUUGAACUUGAUGAGGACUUGCACGUUUCCUCUACUGCAAAAUAUGCAACAGGCGGCACGGUAGAAGGCAUAUCAUCAUAUUCUGAUGGUAUCAUAUUGUUCGGUACUUUCAACCUCUCAUCUCAGCCCGUUAGCACCCUGACAUUUAAUGGCGUUUUUGGAUCUUUUGGGAACUUGGAAACCACUCUCAGGACUUACACUAAUGUCUCUUUCCAACAAGAUGAAUUGCUAGUCUUCAACAAUGAGUACGUUUUCAACCUUUCAUCUAACAGUUACAUCUCAAAUAGCUCCACUUUUGGACUCUCGCUGUGGUCAGCAGGAAGAAAUCAAUUUGAUGACACGUUAUUCUCGGGUGCAGUGACGAAGAAUCAAUUCCCAGGUUUGUAUGGUUCGGCUUCGAUAUACAGUAAUUCCUCAGUCGCUCACUUUAGCCUUCAGAAUGGCGCCCAGCCCUACGCUGCUUGCCAUUUAAAUGACUCAGUCACCGCUUAUGCAUAUCGGUAUGGGUCUGUAUCGCAGCUUUAUUUUGACAAUGGAAAAGAGGGACCGUGGACCUGGUUUGGUACUAUAAAUUCGAUGCGGUAUUCGAAAAACAGUACAAUCUUAGCCAUUGGCACAGAUGGCUCAACUGAUGAGCCUAUCUUGAGUCUCUUUAAUUUAACGAGUUUCGAUGUCUUAGCCAAUACUACCAUAUCAGAAAACGGCACCAUUAGCUCAAUGGUCUUUUUCGAUAGAAACUCCAGCUUACUAGUCGGUGGCGACUACCAUAUAUCAGAUGCCGAUUGCAGUGGUCUUUGUCUCUACAAUUACGAUCAAAAACAAUGGACCAAAUUCGCGAAUAAUUCGAUUACAGGUAAUAUCACAGAAAUGCAACUUUCAGAAAGUUAUGAUCUACUCAUUUCUGGUGCCAUGAAUGUUGCGAAUAAGACUUCUGUUAACUUGCUAUCAUUUAAUAUGUCCAACUACGAAGUCAAUCCUCUAGUUUGGGAUUCAAAUGGACCAAUCAAGUCCUUUAUUGCAGAGGACAAUGAUAUUAUAACUUGGAAUGAAACUUCGUUAUCAGGCUACAGCGAUGGUGAUUGGCAGAAUCUCGAAUUUGAUAAUAGUUCGCUCAUAUCGAUAGUUGAUGUGAUUGCCGUCAAAACUGAGCCUGCCCUUGACAAGAGACAAACCUUCUCUUCAACCUUCGAUGCAAUUUUGGUCGCAGGCCAAAAUUACGCAGAGUAUCCGCAGGCAUCCAUUUACAACUUUCAAAGAUGGUUGCCAUAUUAUGUUGCCAAUAAAGCUGAUGAUGAAGACCCAUCAAGAACCACAUUCUUUACUAAUCAAGAUGACUCACAGUUAUAUGACUCCCAAAACCUACUAUCAGAUCCGACCAGGACAACGACAUCCUCUUCAUCAAGCACGACCUCUUCCUCUCAAACUUCACCUUCAAAGGGUUCCUUAGUUCGUAAAAGCGGAAAGAUAAACCGAGGUUUUGUUGUUCUGAUUGGACUAGCGCUAGCAUUGGGCACAGUUGUAAUAAUCGGUAUCACUGGAGUUUUGCUUGCUCUUGUAUUCAAUGGCCACAGUGGAUACGAGCAAGUCGAUCCGCGCGCUGACGAAAGUGAGAUGAUUGAUACUGUGCCUCCAGAGAAACUCUUAAAGUUCCUCUGA